AUGACUGGUAACAACCCUUCAUUUACCACAAUUCCCAUCCUUGACUACUCUCUCGCCACUUCUCCCACUACAAAACCACAAUUCCUCGCCAGUCUCCGCCAUGCGCUGGUCCAUGUGGGCUUCUUCUACCUCAUCAACGCUCCGGUCGCAUCCGCCGUCCGCGACGAGUUGAUCCACCAAACCACCGCCAUCUUCGAUCUCCCGCGCGAGAAAAAGCUAGCGAUCGAGAUGGUCAACAGUAAACACUUUCUGGGAUACUCACGCCUCGGCGCUGAGACCACAGCCCGCCGGACCGAUCAUCGCGAACAAUUCGAUUUUGCGACCGAGCUUCCUCCCCCAGGACCAGAUGAUCCGCUCUAUCGCAACAUUCGGGGACCAAACCAGUGGCCUGAUGAAUCCGCCAUCCCGGGUUUCCGCACCGCCGUUGAGGCAUAUCUAUCCGAAACCCAACCACUGGCAGAAGCCUUCCGGGGCCUGAUUUGCGAGGCCCUUGACAUGGCCCCCACCGCGUUGGAUGGCUUCUUCGAGCAUCCGAUCCAGCAGAAACUCAAGCUGAUCAAGUACCCUGCGCCCACCCGCGCGUCCGAGGCCCAGGGCGUUGGCGCGCACAAGGACUCGGAAUUUCUGACUUUCCUACUGCAAGCCACGCCGCACACGGGGCUGGAAGUGCAGAAUAAAGCCGGGGAGUGGAUCCCCGCGCCGCCUCUUCCUGAGUCCCUGGUGGUGAACAUUGGGCGCGCACUCGAGGCCAUCACGGGGGGAGUGUGCACAGCCACAACGCACCGGGUCAGUCUGGCGGCGCAGAAUUUCUUGGAUGAGCACAACACAGAUCUCGGGCCGCGCUUUUCUAUUCCUGUCUUCCAGGGGAUGAGUCUGGAUUUAUCGGCGGAGGAGAUCUCGCUGGCGAUCCCGGCGCAUAUCCGCGCGCUGGUGGGCGACGAGCAGGCGCGGUCGGACGCAGAGGCGACUUUCAACCGUAUCUUCCGGGGGCGGGUUGGCGAGGGGACGUUUGUGCAUCGCAUCAUGUCGCACCAGGAUGUAGGCCGACGCUGGUAUCCUGAGGUGUUGGAGUGGGCAUUAGCGAAGUAUGAAAAAUAG